AGAAGGGUCUAUUCUUUUGAUUCGAGGGAAGCAUCGUUGGACCAAGUGUGCUCAGAUACUUUUGUUCGAACAUUAUAUCGUGUUUUCUGUCCUCGAAAUCUAAUGGCUAUUUACGCACUUCACGUCAACGACUGACUCGAGCGUGUGCGAAUACAUUUUAGUGAGAACUGUGCGAUAAAACGAACGUCAACCGGAUUUGAAAGCCCCACUAACACGAGGAGCAUGGUGAGAGACUGGUUGGCAACAAAAACUUUUCUCUUCGUAAAUGUAUGCGAGGAUGCUGUUUAGCUAAUGAAUGUAAUCGUUGCCACCCAUUUUAAAUCGGAAGUGAAGCUAUUUCCUUCAGGAAAAAGGUUGAAAAGUAGCAUUUUGCAUGUGGAGGACAAGAACUUGAAGGUAGAAAAAAAAAAAACAUUUGUAACGUUACACGGUCUACGCGUUGUGCUUCGUUUCAUCUAUCAGAUUCAUUGGAACCAAGGGUGAGAAAAUGCGUUUUGUGAGCUCAUUGUUAUGUUGUAAACUUGAAGAAACCCGAGAGAAUACGACUCUGCAUCGUUUGUGUUUUUUAUUUGCUGUCCUUGUUUCAAAUUCAGCCUGUCCUGACAAAUGCGUCUGUUUCACAUCCACGGUCAAAUGUUUGAACCAGGGCUUAUUCGCGGUUCCACAGCCAUUGCCAGCAAACACUAAAACCCUGUUCAUUACUGGGAACAACAUUUCCCAUCUCACAGCUGUGUCUUUCCCUGUGCCCCUUGAGCAGUUAACAGACUUGUAUCUCACAGGAAACCAGGUGGAGCUGGUGGACCACAAUGUAUUCAACAACUUGCCAAAUCUCAGGCUGCUAGACUUGAGUAACAACAGGAUUCUGCAUUUUAGUGCUCAAGCCUUCCCCGAUGACAACAAACUGCUGGACCUUAACCUCAGCAGGGCUUUUUACAACCAUACUUCCAUGGAUGAGCUCUUCAGUCUGCUACGGAGUGGCGGAGCCCUUCAACUUACCCGCUUAGACCUGUCCAACAAUGACCUGGUGAUCCUCCCUGAGGACAUGUUCUCCCGCCUCUCCAACCUCACCAUCCUCAACCUACAAAACAACUCCCUCAUUUUCAUCCAGAAUGGGACACUGAGUGUUCCUCGGCUACGUGAGUUAGACUUGAGGGACAAUGCCCUGAGGGAACUACCCAACACUACACUGAUGGACUUCAGCCUCCAGCCUGGGCUUCAGGUGCAUCUGGCAGGAAACCCUUGGCUCUGUGACUGCAAUAUCGAGGACCUUGUGGCCUGGCUGAAAAGCUCUGAGCAGGUCACAGACAAGCAGAAUAUGACCUGUUCUGACCCUGAGGUUCUGCGCCAGUUACCGUUGCUCCAGAUAAAAGAGUUGGAGUGUACCUUUUCAGGUGAAAUGAAAGGUGUGCUGGAGACCUCAUAUGUCUUUUUGGGCAUGGUGCUGGCCUUGAUCGGAGUGAUCUUUCUGCUGGUCCUCUACCUCAACAGGAAGGGGAUCAAGCGGUGGAUAUACAAUAUUCGGGACGCAUGCAGGGACCACAUGGAGGGCUACCAUUACAGGUAUGAGAUCAACUCGGACCCCAGGUUGGCCAACCUCAGCCUCAAGUCAGACAUUUAAGAGGACUGCUAUGUAAGCCAGGGCCCCACAGUGACUGAGGCAUUAUGACUUGUUAUGAGCAAGAUAUACAGGAGCAACUCUUUAGUUCCGGAGUGUUCCAGCCUGCCUGCAACCCACUCCACGGUACUGUCCAGACUUCUACACCAGUCAUGACGACCCACAAUCUGCCACCACGCAUGCCCUUGGCCCCUGCAACGCAGUGUGUGAUUAUUUGUUUUUACUCCUUUUCAAGCAGUUCAACAUUCCAUGGAUUGAGAAUCAUGACUCAGAUGGGGUUUGUGAGCGGGCUCUCUGUAAUAUAAAAUGUUCCCUUGAGCAAAAAAGGACGGUACGUAAAACUCUAACAGACUUAUUUUGACUGGUAGUAACUAGGCUAUAUACACACAUCUAUAUCCUUUCUGCUGGUUAUAUUUUAAUCACAUUUUUGUUUCCACUUUCCUUACACUGCACAGUGUUGCUAUGCUUGUUUAGAUGUCUUUAUUCCUUUUUAAUAUAAUGUGAUUAUUAAAGCACUUGCUAAUUUAUCUCACUCGUAUUGCACUUGUUAGGUGGACAUUAUCAACAUUUAUGAUGUACAGCUGAAUAAAAUGUAUUGCGUUGCUGUUUUCCUUUCUCGAUUGAGGUCCUUUAAACUCCAGAGACUGAGGAAUGUGGAGGUAUUUUGGGCAGCAGAGAUUCAGGGUCAUGAAAUGGAGAAGUGCACACUCAUUGCAGAUUCAAACACAUGCAGACAGAGGUCAUCAUGCUACAGUCAGCACCAACCAUACCACACAGGCAAGACUUUACAUGUCACCUCUAUACAUUAACAAGCUCUCUGUCAGCUCGUGCAGAUGAGACAUUACAGGCAGACGCCAUUGAGUGUCCAAAUUUUACUCUUAAGGAGGUGAGAAAAGGCUAACUGGGACUUUCGAAGGUGGCAGAAUGACCUUGAAGAUUAAUUGAUUUUGAAAUACUUUCCAAUUAAAGUUAAUUCAUCUGCCACUCUAUUUGGGAAUCUAGACGUGAAGGAAUGUUCCUGUCCAAUUUAAUCCCUGCAAGGAUUUGGGUAGAAAUCCCUGGCGCGAUAGUCAAAUGAUUGCAUAGCUCCGAACCAUCCAAAAUUAAUAUUUUGACGUCUAGCCAAUGGUUAGUGAACUAGCUCUUUGGUUCAACUACACCAAGUACAGGAAUGGCACUCAUUCAAAGCAUUCCAGCGUUGUGAGUGCAAACAGCUGCAAAAGGGGAAAGAUAAGUGCUGUGUUUCCUGACAAAUGCUAAGGAAGGUACACAGUACCCAAGGUUCUUACCAGGAGGGCACUCUACAGGCAGUAUGGUAUGGAAAUGAGCUCAAACUCUGCUUUAAUCUGCAGUGUUUUAGGGGUGUGGCAUCAAAGUAUCUUAUUUUCAAGCAUCGUUUCCUUUCCUGCUAACUAAACACUGAUCUGUUUCUGGUGUCAGUAUGGAUGAGUAAAUAUCAAAUGUGGAAUAUUAUUUUACAGUGAAAGUGGUCAGGUAUAGUAGACAUAUAAUUUGGAUGGUAAAGUAACUGCACAGUUGGUGAAUGUGUGAGUAAAAAAUACCUGGCCAUUACCUCACCAUGCACAUAGAAGACCACCCGAGAGGUAGUAUGAGCUAACAAGCACAAAACAGAAAUACACUAAGUCUCUGUGCACGACUAACUACUACCUUUGCAUAGCCCUGAGCUACUGUACAUAUCCUCUUACCAUAACAAUGCCCAGACCUCCCUCAGUCACUAGUGAUAUGUGUUUGAAUGUUAAAGUGGCUCUUGUGUAAACUGUUUUUGUGUUUCACAGGUCUGUGAUCAUACAGAGAUUUUGUGUCCAAAUUUUAUGCAGUGUGUGGAUGUUAACCAUGUUUCUUCAUCCCUCACUCUCAAUACAAAGACAGUCUGUGUACAGGGUCCAACAAGGAAAAUGCAUUAAAACCAUUACCCAGUAGAUACAUUUUAACCCCGGAUUGACUAUGGAGAUGAGUUUAAAAUAUAUAGGCCUAUCACGUAUUACGUCUGCAAUCAAUCUUCCCAAGGCAUUGUUUGCUUUUAAAUAAGCCAAUAAGGUAUCAGAAGUAGAGGCUAGGCUAUCCAUUUCAGGAAUUCAUUGUUUUUGUCAUCAUUCAUCUUAGUUCCUUUCCAGCCAACCACCAUUGCUAUUUAUUUUUAUUUAUUUUGCCCCCCCCCCCACUAUAUACACACUACUGUUCAAAAGUUUGGGGGUCACUUAGA